AUGGCUAUGACAACAUCGAACACGAAAACUAUCCGAAUCGGUCGUGAACUUGUUCGUCGAGCAAAAGAACUAAAAAUUGAUCCGAAGACUUUCAUAAAUGUCGAUACGACUCAAUCGGCCAUUCGAUUCAAACGAAUGGCACCGAUUGUCAUUGCAGAGCAACUGAAAGCAACAUUCACUGACGAAGAUAAACGAAGCAACAAGCUGCCUGCUUUCAUUGCUGCUUUCGAAGCAGCACAAAAACAUGGUAUUACGGAAGGGAGACAAGAACUAGUGGAAUGGUCUUCAUUACAAUCGAAUGGAGAAAUUCGAGCUCUCUUGGGUGUCUACAAUUUGUACGAAUCAAAUGGUAAACCGGUGUGUGAUUUUAUUAUGAUCGAUAUCAGCCAAAAACACACAGUAGCCUAUGAGAGAGCGUUUACAAGCUUUGGAGUCGGUAUGGCAAUUGCUUGUUUGUUUGUGCCCGUUAUUGGACCAGCUCUGGCUACAGGUGGACUAUUGCUCGCACUAAAAGAUGCGACGCAUACAACAAAGGAAAAGACGAGCAAAGAAGAGGCCGAAGCAUUACUUCUCAAGACUCUCGAGCAUUAUGGUCUCGUUCAUUUUCAAGGACAAGAUCAAAUUGCACUGGUUGAUUGA